AUGCAUUGGCGUUGGGAUAACUGCCCGACCGCAUGGCGAGGUCAACACACAUGGGGUGACCAAAAGGGACCUACGGUUAUUCUUCAGGCGGUUGCCUCACAGGACUUUUGGGUUUGGUCGGCAUACUUUGGCGUGGUCGGGUCAUGCAAUGAUAUAAAUGUUUUUGAACAAUCUCCGUGGUUAGAGGACUGGAUUUCUGGAAGAGCUCCAAAAGCGUCUUUUUACGCAAACGGAAACUACUACCCUCAUGGAUAUUAUUUGUGCGACGGAAUUUAUCCUAGGUAUUCGAUUGUCGUGAAGACGUUUAGUGAUCCUAUCGAUGAAAAAAGAGCACACUUUAAAAAGGUCCAAGAGUCUUCACGAAAAGACAUUGAGAGAUGCUUUGGGGUUCUUAAACAACAAUGGCAGUAUUUGAGAAAUCCUUGUCAUGAAGGAAAGGCGAUAUGCCAAAAUUAUGUACCGGAAGCCGUUCAGGAGGAGCAUCCGCAGGCGUCAAUGGAAGAAAGAGUGAAUAAUGCACGAGAAUUGCGUUACAAACCGUACCAUUCCGCGUUAACGGUUGAUUUGGUACAACACGCAUGGUCGGUUCGGUAUGUCCCACCUGAGGGUGAAGAGGAAACGGAGGACGAGGAAUACGAAGUUGGCGAGGAUGAAGAAAGCGAAGACGAAAACUAA